AUGAUGACGAUUCCCUGUUCGAGGAAACGUGCUCUCAAAGAACCACAAAGAAAUGCACUCGCCGCAGGGCGAACACCCCAGUAUUCCUCAUAUUGCGCGCUCUGUAUGGACACAGGAACCUGGUACCGACGCCAGGCGCUUAUGCGCGCACUCGAGUUCGUUUUUGUUACCGAGUGGUCACCAGAACUGCCCUGUUUCGCAGGCGUCAGUAGAGCAUCUCGACAGUGCAUCUCGAGAAGCAAGUGCGUACGCGCGAGCUAUGGCCCAGGCGUUGUGAGCGCGCCACUGCGUCACACGGGCACAGGCGAGCCCCUACUGAACGUUGUUUUCUACGCACCCUCUAUUCACUGGAAUACCGGGAAUACCGCCAGAACUACAGUAGGUUUUCAAGCACGGCUUCAUAUCAUUGAACCGCUGGGUUUUUCUCUGAGUGAUCGCCACCUGAAACGGGCUGGCCUUGACUAUUGGCCUUUCGUUGAUCUGCGUGUAUGGUCGAGUUGGCAGGCCUUUCGCGACGAGGGUUUGCCCCAGUUGGGUAACGUUUUUUACUUCACCAAGUUCGCACAGAGCUCGUUGCUGGACGCGGACCUUGUCUCAUCAAAGAAAGGAAGUGAGGUUCUUGCAACGAAGAUCACGCUAAUAUUUGGGAACGAGCUAGAUGGUUUCGAACGCAUUCCGCCCGAGGAUAUUCCUCGGGAGCGGACGAUUGCGAUUCCAAUGGUGUGUCCCGGUGAUGCCGGUAUCAGAUCGUACAAUCUAUCGACCAGCGCCGCCAUUGCCCUCUGGGAAGCCUACCGGCAAGUGCAGGUCGCGCUGCGAAGCGACGGUGGCCCCGCCACAGUGAACCGAUGCGCUGUUGAGUCGCCACGAGCGACUGUCAGGCCCCAGUGA